AUGACUAGAAAAUCACCAAUGAGUCUAAUUCAAUAUUCAAUAACUAGAAGGCUAUCAGCAGUUCUAGUUCAAUGUUCAAUGACCAGGAGGCUAUCAAUGAGUCUGAUUCAAUAUCUAAUAACCAGAAAGUUAUUGGAGGCUACUAGUGAGUCUGAUUUAAUAUUUGAUGAUAAGUUUGUUCCUAAUAACCAAAAGAUCAAUGAUAACUAUAUCUCUAUUUUUAAUAAUCAUGGAAUAGCUAAUAAGUUUAGCUUAAUAUUUGACAUGGAAACUACUGAUAA